AUGGCAGUAUCCACCUCAUCGUCCUCCACGCAGUGGACACAUGAGCCCGUCGACGUAGCCAUCGUAGGCGGGGGCCUCAGUGGCCUUGCGGCUGCUAAAGAUCUCGUCGCUGCCGGCAAGUCAGUCCUUGUCCUCGAAGCCCGAGAUCGAGUCGGCGGAAAAGUCUACGACGUAGAGGUGAAGGACGGGAAUGGCCAUAAAGUCGAAGCCGGAGCUGAGUUUGUCUACAAGAACCACAAGAGGUUGCUUACUCUUGCCAGUGAGCUUGGCAUCAAGACGUUCCCGACAUACAUCGAGGGCAAUAUGCUCAUGUGGAUACCUGGUCAGGGUCGUCUACUAUACGAUCCUGUCAAGACACAGGGAAUGCCGCCACUAUCUGAAGAGGACAUAACAAUUCUGGCUGGCAUCACAGUGCAGGUCAAUGAGAUGGCAAGUGAGAUCGACGUGCAUCAGCCUUGGAUGCACCCAAAAGCUAAGGAAUGGGAUCGUCUCACGCUGUCGUCAUGGCUUGAUGGCUUUGCUCGCGAUGGUGUAGCGCGAGGAGUGAUCGAUAUGACAAACAGAGCUAUCAUGUCGGCAGAAGGCGAGGAUGUUUCACUGUUGAGCGCUGUGAUCAAUGUUGCACGAACUGGAGACCUAGAAACGAAGGGUCGAAUGGAGAUGUUGACCAACGUCAAGAAUGGGUCUCUUGAAGAAAGAAUCGAGGGCGGACCACAGAACAUCGCUAUCAAACUAGCUGAGCGCCUUGGUAGUGACACAGUCCGUCUUCGGGCACCUGUUCGACAGAUCCUCCAGAACGACGCUGGAUACCUCGUUGUGGGCGAUUCAUUCCGCGUUCAAGCACAAAAAGUCAUCAUCGCCAUCCCCCCCACCCUCGCAGGUCGUAUCGUCUAUCAACCUCCCCUCCCCGCAGCUCGUGAUCAACUUUGCCAGCGCGUCCCAAUGGGUUCAAUCGGAAAAGUCAUCGCAAUCUACAAGACCCCCUUCUGGCGGGACCAAGGCCUCAGCGGUGAAGUCGCAAGUCUCGAGGGUGUAUCCCAGUCUACAUUCGACAGUUCUCCCCCUGAUGGAAGCUUUGGCGCUAUGAUGGGUUUUAUAGAAGCCAACGAGAUGCGAAGACUCGAUGAAGCCUCUGAAGAAGAGAUCUUUGCUGCUGUGACAGAAGACUUUGCUAGAUACUUUGGUCCCAAGGCGAGGGAGGUCCAGUCCUGGGUUCUUCAGAGGUGGGAUAAUGAGGAGUUUUCGAGAGGUGGUCAUACAGGAUUGUUCCCGCCCAAUGUCUGGACUCAGUUUGGACCUGCGCUGACGAAGCCGGCUAGGGGGGUCUAUUUUGCCGGCACGGAAGCGUCCAGCUAUUGGGCUGGGUUUAUGGAGGGUGCUGUAAUUGCUGGUGAAGAGGCAGCUGCAAAGAUACUGAGCGCCUCUUGA